AUGUCUACCGACGAGGAGGUAGCACCAUAUGUGCCGCUCGAAGUCUUCAAUGGCUCGCUCACCGGCACAGGCGGAGACUCUCUGUCAGAGAACCUCAACCUGUACUACAAUGCCGGCGACAUCGCAUGGAUGAUCACUGCGACGGCAUUGGUGUUGCUCAUGAUUCCAGGCGUUGGGUUCUUCUACUCUGGCCUCGCCCGCCGCAAGUCCGCCCUCUCACUGAUAUACCUCUCCGUUGCUGCGACCGCCCUCAUCUCGUUCCAGUGGUUCUUCUGGGGCUACUCGCUCGUCUUCUCCCGCGGAGCCUCGGCCUUCAUCGGCGACCUCGAGCACAUCGGCUUCCGCAAUGUGCUUGCCGCGCCCUCGAUCGGAUCCAGCAAGAUCCCCGACUUGAUGUUCGCGGUAUACCAGGGCAUGUUCGCCGCCAUCACAGUUGCGCUGGCAAUCGGAGCAGCUGCUGAGAGAGGCCGGCUCCUGCCUGCGCUCGUGUUUGCGUUCUGUUGGGCCACAAUCGUUUAUGACCCAGUUGCAAGCUGGAGCUGGAAUCCGAAUGGGUGGGUGUUCAAGUUGGGCGCUUAUGACUUCGCUGGUGGCACGCCUGUGCACAUCACAUCUGGCACGGCAGCUCUAGCCUACUCCUUGAUGCUCGGCAAACGUCGUGGCCAUGGCACGCAUGAGCUUAACUAUCGCCCACACAACGUGACACAGAUCGUGAUUGGUACAGUCUUCCUCUGGGUCGGCUGGUUUGGCUUCAACGCAGGUUCUGCUUUGUCGGCUAACCUUCGCGCAAUCAUGGCCGCUGUAGUCACCAAUCUCGCCGCCUCAGUUGGCGGUCUUACAUGGUGCAUCAUGGACUAUCGCCUCGAGCGAAAGUGGUCUACCGUGGGCUUCUGCUCAGGCGUCAUCGCCGGCCUCGUGGCCAUCACUCCUGGCUCUGGUUUCGUCCCGGCAUGGGCCGCUGUCGUGUACGGCGUUGUCGGCGGUGGCCUUUGCAAUCUCGCCACCAAGAUCAAGUUCCUCCUCCACAUCGACGACAGUCUCGAUAUCUUUGCCAUUCACGGCAUCGGCGGGCUUGUCGGCGAUCUCCUGACUGGUCUGUUCGCUGCGGACUACAUUAUCGCAUUGGACGGUGUAUCGAUCGGCGAGUCAGCUGCUGCUGGUGGCUGGAUCAACCACCACUGGAUCCAGCUAGCCUACCAGCUGGCCGACGGUGUCACGGGUAUGGCUUACACAUUCGUUGUGUCGGCCGCUUUGCUCUACAUCAUCAAUUGGAUUCCGGGCCUCAAGCUGCGUGCUACCGAAGACGAGGAACUCAUGGGCAUGGACGAGACUGAUAUCGGCGAGUUCGCGUACGACUACGUCGAGCUUACCCGUGAUGUUGUCCAUGGUAUCGAGGACCAAGAAGUGGCGAGCUUCGGGCACAAGAGGAACUCGUCAGAUCUCGACCAGGAGAAGUGA